GGUGGCCUGAAAAACAGCAAGCAUGAAUGCACCCUGUCUUCACAAGAAUAUGUUCAUGAAUUACGAUCGGGUAUUUCAGAUGAGAAACUUCUCAACUGUCUGGAAUCUCUGAGGGUUUCUUUAACCAGCAAUCCUGUCAGCUGGGUUAACAACUUUGGCCAUGAAGGACUUGGACUUUUACUGGAUGUGCUGGAAAAGCUUCUGGACAAAAAACAGCAAGAAAAUAUUGACAAGAAGAAUCAAUACAAACUCAUUCAGUGCCUGAAAGCAUUUAUGAAUAAUAAGUUUGGACUGCAAAGGAUUCUAGGAGAUGAGAGGAGUCUUUUAUUGUUGGCAAGAGCAAUUGACCCCAAGCAGCCCAACAUUAUGACUGAAAUAGUAAAAAUACUGUCUGCUAUUUGCAUUGUUGGAGAAGAGAACAUUCUAGACAAACUUUUAGGAGCCAUCACUGCUGCAGCAGAAAGAAAUAACAGAGAACGAUUUUCACCAAUUGUGGAAGGAUUGGAAAACCAUGAAGCCUUACAACUCCAGGUGGCCUGCAUGCAGUUCAUAAAUGCACUUGUCACUUCUCCAUAUGAUCUUGAUUUUCGAAUUCAUUUGAGGAAUGAAUUUCUCCGUUCUGGACUAAAAGCAUUGCUCCCAGGUCUUAAAGAAAAGGAGAAUGAUGAGCUUGAUAUACAGUUAAGGGUGUUUGAAGAAAACAAAGAAGAUGAUCUUACUGAAUUAUCCCACCGUCUCAAUGACAUUCGAGCUGAAAUGGAUGAUAUGAAUGAAGUCUACCAUCUUCUCUAUAACAUGCUGAAAGACACUACAGCUGAAAGCUAUUUAUUAUCCAUUUUGCAGCACUGUCUGCUUAUCAGAAAUGAUUAUUAUAUCAGGCCACAGUAUUAUAAAAUAAUUGAGGAGUGUGUUUCCCAGAUAGUGCUGCACUGCAGUGGCAUGGACCCAGACUUCAAGUACAGGCAGAGAUUAGACAUUGACCUCACUCACCUGAUAGAUGCUUGUGUCAACAAGGCAAAAGUUGAAGAAAGUGAGCAAAAAGCAAUGGAAUUUUCAAAGAAGUUUGAUGAAGAAUUCACAGCUCGACAGGAAGCUCAAGCAGAGCUUCAGAAAAAAGACGAAAAAAUCAAAGAACUGGAAGCAGAAAUUCAACAACUUAGAGCCCAGGGAGCUUCAUCUGCUAUCCCGGGCCCACCUCUACCACCUCCACUGCCAAGUGCUGGACCAUGCCCACCACCUCCCCCACCACCACCACCACCACCACCUCCACUUCCAGGAGUAGUUCCUCCUCCUCCACCACCCUUACUUGGGAUUCCUGGUAUUCAUCCACCGCCCCCACUACCUGUGUUUGGAAGCCCUCCUCCACCACCACCCACUGGAGGAUUUCUUCCUCCCCUACCAGUACCAAUUGAGCUACCAUAUGGAAUGAAACAGAAAAAAUUAUAUAAGCCAGAAGUAUCCAUGAAAAGAAUUAACUGGUCCAAGAUUGAACCUAAAGAAUUAUCAGAAAACUGUUUCUGGCUGAAAGUAAAAGAAGAUAAGUUUGAGAAUCCAGAUCUCUUUGCAAAAUUGGCCUUGACAUUUGCUUCCCAGAUGAAAGGUCAAAGGAAUAUAGAUGCUGCAGAAGAAAAUAAGAGUGGACCCCCAAAGAAGAAAGUGAAGGAACUAAGAAUUUUGGAUCCCAAAACAGCCCAGAACCUGUCUAUCUUCCUGGGAUCUCAUCGCAUGUCAUAUGAGGAAAUAAAGAACAUAAUUUUGGAGGUUAAUGAAAACUUGCUAAAUGAGGCCCUAAUUCAGAAUCUUGUUAAACAUCUUCCUGAGCAGAAUGUACUCAGAGAACUAGCACAGCUUAAGAGUGAAUAUGAUGAACUCUGUGAGCCAGAGCAGUUUGGUGUUGUGAUGAGCUCAGUGAAAAUGUUACGGCCCCGUCUCACAAGCAUCCUCUUCAAACUCACCUUUGAAGAACAUGUGAACAACAUCAAACCAAGCAUCAUAGCAGUAACUCUUGCAUGUGAAGAACUGAAGAAAAGUGAAAGCUUUAAUAGACUUUUAGAGUUGGUUCUUUUGGUUGGAAACUACAUGAACUCAGGCUCAAGGAAUGCCCAGUCUUUGGGAUUUAAGAUCAACUUCCUUUGCAAGAUCAAAGAUACAAAGUCAGCAGAUCAAAAAACAACCCUUUUGCAUUUUCUUGCUGAAAUCUGUGAAGAAAAACACCGAGAUAUCCUGAAAUUUCCUGAUGAGCUGGAACAUGUGGAAAGUGCAAGCAAAGUUUCAGCUCAAACUCUCAAGAGCAACCUAGCAGCGAUGGAACAAAACAUUCUUCAUCUGGAGCGUAACAUCAAGAAUUUCCCCAAAGCAGAAAGUCACCAUGAUAAGUUUGUGGAAAAGAUGAUGAGCUUUACAAAGAAUGCCAGAGAGCAAUAUGAAAAACUGUCCACUAUGCACAACAAUAUGGUGAAGCUCUAUGAGAACCUGGGAGAAUACUUCAUUUUUGACCCAAACACAGUAACCAUAGAAGACUUUUUUGGUGAUCUCAACAACUUCAGAACCCUGUUUUUGGAAGCACUGAAAGAAAACCAUAAGAGAAAAGAAAUGGAAGAGAAGAGCAGAAGGGCAAAACUUGCGAAAGAGAAAGCUGAACAGGAGAAGCUGGAACGCCAGAAGAAGAAGAAGCAGCUCAUUGAUAUAAACAAAGAGGGUGAUGAGACCGGAGUGAUGGAUAAUCUUCUGGAAGCCUUACAGUCAGGUGCAGCAUUCAGAGACCGCAGAAAGCGAAUUCCAAGGAAUCCAGAUAACAGACGGGCCCCUCUGGAAAGAUCACGUUCUCGUCACAAUGGAGCUUUGUCAGCCAAGUGAUUCCUGAUGCCAGAGAGAGUGGAGACAUUUAAGAAAACAAAAUCAUCCAUCUUGAGAAGAACAAAAUAUACACUCAAGGGUUUGAGUGGAAAUAAAUGCAUUUCCACAAAGGUCAAGCUGAGCUGGGUGAAGUAAUGUGUAUUUGUAGGAGUACUGCAAGUACACUAAUCCAAACCCAGCUGUCAUGAAUAGAAAACAUUUGUUCCUCUGUUGUUUAAAUAUGCAUUGCGUAUAAUGACCUGACUGUGAAAAUGAAAUUAUAAAAAACAAGUGGAAGAAUCUAAGGCUUCUAUAAUAAUCAUUCCAGUCUGUCAAAGAAUCUAAAACUGAAAAUUCUAGGUCUGGCCUA